AGGUGGCGCCACUGACUUACGUCAUGUCUGGCUGGCGCGUGACGUCACCAAAAUAGCGCCAAAUCUGUGGGUUUGAACGACGCGGUGUUUCCCGCCAGUGGAUUUCCACCGAUUUUUCGCACGGAAGGGUCAUCAAACUAAAAACCUUCGUGAAUGAUGCCAGCACUGCACGCGGGUCAGAAGGCCCAGGACCCCGGGGACUUCGCAGACAUCGGCUCGCCUCACAUCACGCGCAGGGGGAAGGGCAUGGCGUCCGGCAGCGAGGGGGGGACCCCUGAACACCCCGGACAUGAGGAGGAACAUGAGGUUGUUCCAGGAGAAGAUAGUGACUUUGAGGAGCCACGGAAGGGGAGGAAGCGUCCUGCAAAGGGCGGUGGAGGAGCACCUUCUGCCAAGAAAGCCAAGACACCAGGUGGUAAGAAGGGGGCUGGAGGAAGAACUCCCAAGCCCAAUGGAACAGCCACGGAGGAACAGGCUGUCACCCUGUUCGAGGUGGUCAAGCUGGGCAAGUCUGCCAUGCAGUCUGUUGUAGAUGAGUGGAUUGACUCCUACAAACAGGACAGAGACAUGGCACUUCUGGAUCUCAUCCAGUUCUUCAUCCAGUGUUCUGGCUGCAAAGGCGUUGUAACUGCAGAGAUGUUACACAACAUGGAACACUCUGACAUCAUCCGCAAGAUGACUGAAGAGUUUGAUGAGGAGACAGGCGCUCUGCACAAGAAAAUGUUGACAGCUUCCUGGGUCCUGCACUUCCAGUUACCUGACCUAGACAGUGGAGACUACCCUCUCAUCAUGACUGGGCCUCAGUACAAGAGAUUCAAGAACAACUUUUGUGAGUUCAUUGCUGUCCUGGUGCGACAGUGUCAGUACAGCAUCAUCUACGACCAGUACAUGAUGGACAACGUCAUCUCCCUGCUGACUGGACUGUCCCACUCUCAAGUACGGGCGUUCAGGCACACAAGCACGCUGGCAGCGAUGAAACUGAUGACAGCCCUUGUGAACGUUGCCCUGACCCUGAGUGUGAACCUGGACAACACCCAGCGGCAGUACGAGUCGGAGAGACAGAAGGCUCAGGGCAAACGGGCCAGCGAGAGGCUGGAGAUUCUCAUGCAGAAGAGAGCAGACCUUCAAGAGAACCAGGAGGAAGUCGAACACAUGAUGAACUCCAUCUUCAAGGGAGUCUUUGUUCACAGAUACAGGGAUUCCCUCCCCGAGAUUCGAGCCAUCUGUAUGGAGGAGAUUGGUACCUGGAUGAGGCAGUACUCAGACACCUUCCUUGCUGACAGCUACCUGAAGUAUGUCGGCUGGACUCUGCAUGACAAGGUUGGAGAGGUGCGUAAGAUGUGCAUCUCCACCCUGCAGGCGCUGUACUGUAACAAGGAAAACGCCCAGAAGCUGGAGCUCUUCACCAACCGCUUCAAGGAUCGCAUCGUCUCCAUGACUCUAGACAAGGACAUGGACGUCUCCGUACAGGCUAUCAAGCUGGUCACCAUGAUUAUGAACGAUGACAUCCUGACGAGUGAAGACUGUGAGAACGUGUACCAGCUGGUGUACUCCUCCCACCGUGCCGUGGCGCAGGCCGCGGGAGAGUUCCUCAACAAGCGCCUCUUCCAGCAGGACGACUCGGGCAAACAGCUCAAGACCAAGCGGGGCAAGAAGAGGAGUCCCAACACACCACUCGUCAGAGAUCUCGUGCAAUUCUUCAUAGAAAGCGAGCUCCAUGAGCAUGCAGCAUACCUUGUAGAUAGUCUGUGGGAGACAAACGAGAUGCUGAAGGACUGGGAGUGUAUGACAGACCUGCUGCUGGAGGAACCAGGCAGGGGAGAGGAGGUUCUGACGGACCAGCAGGAGACUGCCCUAGUGGAGAUCAUGACCUGCUGUAUCCGACAGGCUUCCGAGGGGAUCCCUCCCAUCGGCAGGGCCAGCGCUAAAAAGGUGCAAACAGCCAGGGAGAAGAAGCAGAUCUAUGAUGAUAAAGUCAAACUUACAGAGCACCUCAUCCAGACACUGCCAGCACUUUUAGGAAAGUAUGCCGUAGAUGCGGAGAAGGUCAUCAACUUGCUGUGCAUCCCUCAGUACUUUGACCUGGAUAUAUACACAACCAGUAGGCUUGAAAAGCACUUGGAUCUCCUCCUGAAGCACAUGCAGGAUAUAGUAGAGAAACAUGCAGAACAAGAGGUGUUAGAGGAGUGCAGUAAGUCGUUGAUGGUGCUGUGUAGUGAAGACUACCCCAUCCACACCAAGGCCAUGGUGUCUCGGGGCGGUCUGUUCGAUGCCCUGGUGCAGAAGUUCAAGCAGAGUCUGGAGACGUUCUUCCAAGAGGGCGAUGAGGCAGAUGAAGAUGACAUCUUCAGUGUGACGUCUGCCCAGAAAAGACUGAUGGAGUUCUACAAAUGUCACGACCUCUCCCCAUUCGACCUCUUCGAGAAGUUUAUCUUCAUCAUCAAAGCAGCUAACGAUAAAAACUACAUUCCACAGGAGAUCCUAAUCCGCUCCAUUGCCUGUGCUCACAUGGACGUCAUGUGGAGGUUCUCCAGACUGGAUGAACAUGAUCCGGACAAGAAUGAUAUCAGGACAAUCAACAGUUGUGUCAAAACGUUUCUGGAGUACUGCAGCCAGUUGGUGGAAGGUUACGUGGACCCUACCAUUCAGGAGGAGGCAUUCAUGUCCAUCGUGGACAUUCUGGUGGUCUUUGCACGACAAGUGGCGGCCAAUCCCGUCAUGAAGAACCUGAUCCACCACACGGACCCCGUGACGGAAGUCAGGCUGACGUCUUUGCUCGGAGAGCGGGUUUUUGUCGGUCCAGAGGAAGAACACCAAGCUACUGAUGAUGAAGAGGAUGAAGCCAAUAAGAUAGAGGCGUUACACAAGAGGCGAAACUUGCUGGCUGGCUACUGCAAACUGGUGGUCUACAACAUGGUCAGCAUCAAAACAGCUGCCGACAUCUUUAAACACUACAUGAGGUACUAUAAUGACUAUGGUGAUAUCAUCAAGACGACGCUGUCCAAGGCUCGAGAGAUGGACAAAGUCAACACCGCCAGAACUCUCAACCUUGCACUCACGCAGCUCUUCAGAGAAGUGAAAGGAACUCAACAGCCGCUUGAUAGGACUUCACAGCCUUUCCUGUCUAUCAAGGAGCUGGCGAGACGAUUCUCCCUGACCUUUGGUUUGGAUCCAGUCAAGACACGGCAGGCCGUUGCAGAGAUUCACAAGGAGGGGAUAGUGUUUGCCAUCACCCCGCUAGAUGACCCCGACGACCCGGAAGGCCCACCACCGUUCCUCAGCUUCCUAGAGAUCCUGGCUGAGUUCAGUCCUAAAGUCAUGAAGCAGGAUCGCAAGACCAUCUUAAACUAUCUGGAGAGCAAACUGAGGCCAGGGAUGAUCAACAAAAUAGACGACCCGUGGCUGCCACUACUCACCUACCGGAACAGCCUACUGGAGGGCGAGCACGGGUCGAAGGUCGUCGGGGCUAGGGGCAUCCGAGGCCAUGGGAAGAAGGGAGGCAAGAGUCCAUCAGAAAUGGCAGCCAAGAGGAAACUAUCCCUGGAAGCAAAUGAAGCCUUUGCCGGCAAGACCCCCAACCGCCCCGGCCAGCCCCUGCACACGUCCACAGCAGUGAAGAGGAGAAGAAUGGAUCCAGAGGAGGGCUCGGAACAGAGCUCGGAGAGGGACGAAUCAGAACAGGGCUCGGAAAGAGAAUUUGAGCAUACGGGCAAGCCAGCGCUCUCGCAGGGUUCAUGGGCGCAGGUCAGACACCACGAUGUCGCUCGGAAAGGUCGUGCCAACAUCAGCUACUCCACUCACGGCAGAAGGGGGAGGGGUAAACAGAUGCCAAUAGAACCUGAACCUGAGGAGGCUGAUGACAGCGGGGAUGAUGACGAUAUUGCAGACUUCGAUACGAGCGACAUGCACAUCGGACAGUCCAGCCCCGUCGACAUGGCCCAACAGAUAGUGAACCUCCCCGACAACUUGUUCACAUCUUCACCUGAUAUUGGGGACUUUUCUUCUGGGAUUUGAAGACUCAAGGGGGAUGUCAACAAAUAACCUUGAAGACCCCAGAAAUGGAAAGCACAAGAACAAUGCGGAGUCAACUAUGUAAAGAGAUAAAGAGAAAACUAGACUGGCAGUGCCAGCUAUCUUCUUGCUUGUAUGUGCAAAGUUUACCAUUCAGGGUUUCUCAUCUGUGUAGCAUUUUGCGGUUUCUUUUCUCUAAACCUAGCAUAUAAGUUGAAUCAGUUUGUCUAUGUUGUUAUGAUAUACUAGUGUCAUCAGAUAGACAGAAAUUAGCAAAAUGCUUGUAGAUAGUGCACCCUGAAUUUAGACAUAUCCUGUAUAAGAGCCAACUGCACACUCAGUAUUCUUGUUACCUUUUACUCAUGUGGAAAUCAUGAAGAAUCACAAUCAGGCCCCUCAUUUCAUAUAGAUCUCUGUUAUUGAAAAAUAAUUCUUCUCUAAUCCUUUCCUUAAAGUUUAAAUCUACUGUCCCACUCUCUCCCACCUUUUGUAUAAAUGUACAAACAAAAAAAAGCUGCCAGAGAAUAUCUGCAACCAAUCACAAAGCAGGAAGACUUCAGCUGAAAAUCCACCAAUCACAAAAAGGUUUGGUUCCAUCAUUCCAGCCAAUGGCAGAACAGAACUUCAACAGACUAGGGAAUUAAAGCAGGAUUACACAUUAUCCACCAAAAGGGGACAUUUGAGAUUUAGGACAUGAAGAACUUGCUACAUUACAUGAUAGAUUGCUACAUUACAUGAAAUGCAUGUAUGAAACGCUAAGAAAGGAUCAACUGAAGCAAAGAUCCAGUGGACCACUGUAUAUAGUAGACUAGUGAGUUUUUGUACUUACAAUAGUGACUUUAGAAUCUGGCCUUUCUGGUGGUUACAAUGAUUCUUAAAACGGACAAAACUGUUGAUUCGUUAGAAACUCAGUCAUUCCAUGCUGUUUUCAGUUGCAGUUGUUACGAUGCAGUUCCCAAGUUGUACAUGUGUUGGAUAACAUAACAGAAGCCUUUUCUAAUUAGUCAUAUUGCAAAUAACAUUUCCUACAUUUUCAUGUUGAUGCAGUCAGGGAAACACUUACUAGUACAUGUAUUUUGAAAUAAACUAUAGAGGUGAAGGUAGGGUACUGAAAGCAGAAGACACUGAGUAAGAGCUAAAUCUGAUGCUGUCAAAAUGUUAAACUAUGUGUGUACAAAUUAGAACAAAUUUAUUUUCUUCUCAUGAAUAUUACAAUUAUUGUCAGUUGCUCAGAUUCAACCAUGUUAGUGCUAGGAUGGGAAUGAUCUACGUGACAAAUAUACAUUGUAUUAAGAUGGAAUAGAGCAUUGAUUGAAUAAUUGUGGGUUUAAGGGCUAAUCUUGUGUAAGUGCUGUUCGGUAAUUGUCCAUUGCAAAUGUUUGUUUUGCCUGCAUAUUGUGCAGGUUCGACCAUUGAGAUUGUUUUAAUAGCAAACUGAUCCACAACAUUACCAUCUUCAACAUGUUCAAGCUACCACAUUCUAGUUCUCUAACAAAAGAAGUACAGCUGAUAUUAAAUGUGAAAACCUACAAUGAAAAAUGACUUUUGGGUGAAAAAGUAGCAACAACAGCAUGUACUAGUAACCCUAUCUCAGGACCCAACCAGGGAAGAGGUCAAAGAAAUUAGACAAUGAUAAAAGAAGAGAUAUAGGUAAAGUUUAUGCCCCAGUACGUUUUCUGUAUGUAUGGUGGAAUAAGUAAUUGUAGCUUCUGUGUCAUUGGAAUAUGAAUGUACAAGACAAUAUAGAGUCGAAGGACACAUGGCCUGAAAAGUUUAGAAUGAUCAAAUAGCGUUUACGGAGGGAGUUGAAAAGUCUGUACUAUGUGAUCGAUCAAAUUGAUCUAUGUUUUAUGUCUGAAAGAACAUGAAAGACACUUCAGUUGAGACGCUAUGUUAAAUAGGACAUUGCCUACUGCUUGUAGAUUUGCAGAAUUUCGUGAUGAAUAAGUUAGUAUGUGUACAUGUGUGUAGUUAGUCACAUCACAAUACAAUAUGAAAUCGGUUGGUACCACAAUGUGGUGUAAUGUUGAUAUGUUGAAUUCAAUGUGACAAUUAAACAACUGUACACUCAUUUUUUUUAAAGAAUUUUUUCUUCUUUUGACUGAUUGACUGACUUCCCAUCACUAUUCAGGUGCUACUUGUGUAUCUUGGACUGAAAGGUAUUUUUGAAGGAAGUCUUAAAUAAUGGUAUUAAGGUUGUUACAGGUUGAGAUGAAAUUAUGUUUUUGACCCUAUCAUGUCGUCUGGACUUAGAGUUAUAGUAGUUGAAACGUUUUCCAUAGAAAUGAUGCACAAUGUACAAGCCACAUGCAACGUCGUCUGCUACCAGUUGUGUCAUUUGGCUGUUUGUUGGUCAUGAAAUAAGAUACCGUGUUUUGUAUUUUGUCUUUAUACAUGUAUUAUCAAGACUGUUAUAGAAGGUACCCAUCAAAUAAAGAACCUGUUCAAUUUCUUGUA